AUGUGCAGUGUGCGCACAGAUGAGCGCACCUGGCGCGAUCGUCUCCGCACGCGGGAAGACAACUGGAAGCAAGUUUUCCCGCGCGUGAAGGCGGCUUAUCUGCGGUGGAAGUACCGUGUUCCAGGCCGGCAAGAGGAGCGCAAGCGCAAAGCACCUGAAGAGAAUACACCCUCGGAAGAAGGGGCACCAUCUUCAGAACACACAGUUGUGUGUGUCGAUCUGUACAGCCUGCGGAAGGAGAUCAGCGUGGUUGUAUCAUCUGGCCAGUGGACAGUUGAGGCACUUGCCUUGGCCGGAUAUCUCGGCAACACCCCCGUCGGGCCGUCGAUCGCGAUAUCCUUCGAGACGCUGGAACUGUUCCGGUGCCUGAAGCUUGUUAAGCCAUCCUUCAGCACAGAGGCUUUCGCAAAGCUCGUUUGUUACAAGUAUUAUAUGGUAUACCGUCGGCACUAUCGCACAGCACUUGCAGAUGCUUUUGACAUAUAUUUAGAGGUUCUCGAUGACGUCGACGCCGAAAUUCAGGAGUUGCUCGGGCGCGGUGAUCCGAACUGGCGCCCACGCUUCGGAUGCCCGCCAUGUGGAUACAAGCUGGAGGGAGAAGUCCCCCUCCGCUUCGACCGAACAGGUAGCAUGGAUGCAAACAACUCGCUGAAGAGGCUCUUACGCAAGUAUCGAAAUGUUGGGGACCGGCGAGUUCACAAGAACCCCUACUACCUGCCCCCAGCGUUUGUUGAUCAAUUUGCGAAGCAAGUCCCGGCACGCCAGGCACAGCCGAAGCCGACUGCGGAUCUUGGAGGCGAUGGCGAUGACGUCGACGGCACGGACCCGGCUCCCGCGUCUGCCCCGGACCCCACUGAUACGGAGGGAGAUCCUACGGAUGGAGAGGCGGGCGCCCCAAGCCCGUGCGCCACGAAUUGGAAGGCAGCGGCUGCGGACGAGAAGAAGAAGCUGUGGGGUGGGUUCGACGAGACUGGGAUUUUCGCGAGCGCGUGCAGGCACGGGAGGAUUCUCUGGAUCGCGGACAUGAUCCAGAGUGGUGAACUCGCCAAGUACGGGAUCGCAAUGGUGGACAAGAUCAACACCGAAUUGCCCGGCAACAUUCUCCUUGGGUACGACAUCGGCUGUGUCUUCCAAGGUACCCUUGCACGGAGCAGCGCCGGUCCCGAGUUCCGGAAGCGUGGUUCACUCUGCAUUGUCAACGCUUUCCAUGGGUACUCUCAUUCUUACCUGUGCCAGCUCCAUCACCAUCCAAACGUCAUCACGGGCGCUGGCAUCGAAGAUCUAGAAACCAUGGAGCGCAUUUUCAGCGGAUCAAACGCACUGGCUUCGAUCAUCCGCUACGCGAGCAAGUACCGCCGGCACGCUCUGAUCACCCUUCACUUCCACCGGUGGGAUGAAGACAAAUACACAAAUCUCGCGAUCUUCCUUCGUAACAACUACCUCCAGGCAAUGAAAAUUGUCGAGGAAUCCGAGGAGUUCCUGCGCACUGUACUGCCUCAGCUCCAGCUGACGGAAGCGCAGCUGAUCGAAGCUGCGGAGGAGGAGCGCGUUUAUUUUUCGACACUGCGUGAUGAAAAUCCGGAUGACGAGUGGGCUCUAAGCUAUGUCGAGCGGCUAGAGGACCUAAGGGCGAUGAAGUGCGUCCCUUUUCGGUUCGUGUCAGGCACUUCGUCCUCCGAAGGCCCUGGGCUUUCGUUCCAGGCCCCAUACACGGGCCCGAUCACCGACUACAAUGCACACGCUAGGGAGACGCGGCGGACCGAGAGCGUCAACCGCGUGUUGCGCACGCGGAUCGACACCCUCGAUCAGGAGCUAGCCGAGAUUGAAGAUACCUGGAACAUGGCCCGAUGGCUGCCCACUGACCCGCGCUAUACGACAGCAAAGGCAUACAUUGCCACUCGGCGUUAUCACCAGGCGCUAGGAAAGCUACAGCGCUUGGUCAUUCAACGCCUCUUCGAACUCCACAAGUUGCAUCUCGCACAGACAGGGUACAAAAUGCGCACACACAUCGCAAAGAACAUGCAGAAGAGGUCAUCCGCCAUUCGGCGGGCGAUCACGACGUACAACAAGGUGGCUGCCGCAUUGCAGAAGCCCCUCGUCGACUGGAAUCAGGUAUCCCACUACUCGUUUGUUCGGGAGUUUGCGCUUCUGCAUGGAUCAUGGAAUGACGUCAGUGGGAAAACCUGGGCGCGGCCGGAAGUCCGGCAGGCGAUCGGGACCUGGCGGCGCUUGCAGCGGGCCAGCGAGGAGAUCCAGAUCGUGUAUCGUGAUGCGCGUCGCCUCCACACACACAUCCGCGACGAGCAGGACGACUUCGCCGCUCUCCUCAAGCAACUCAAGGAUUCCAACGACAUUCUCCACGGGCCGACCCUGGAGUUCAUCCGUCACCGUGAGGCCCAGAAUGCGUACAAUCUGGCCUUUCUCGAUGAAUUACAUAAGGACCCCCGCUUCGCGGGCGAAAAGACGCCGGGCCGCCGUGAGGGAAGAGCGGUCACCUCGGAGCACUCCAUCCCCCGCAUUUUCUCAGAUCAUGGCACGAUCGAGACUGACAUAGGGUCCGAGGAGAUGUAUGAUGACGAUGCGCAGGCUCAGGCAGGUGCGCUUCUCGAUUACAUAGCACAGUAG